CGCACAUGAGGUAUAAUGAUAUCAAGAUUCCCGGCGGCCCUUCUUAUAUGCAGGCUCAUACCUUUUCGACAGGCUCCACUUCUGCGAAUACGAAUGCCAUUUCGUGGUCCCAGAGAUUAAGUCGACGACCAAAUCCCUGUUCAGGACCUCUGGGAAUUAUCCCCGCUCAACAAGCAUCAGUUUAUUAUACUCCCACAUCCACAUUUCUGGGACAGAUAGACCAUCUUGGGGUAAUAACUCCUACGGGAUAGUGCUGACAAAGCAGUAAGCAAAACAUUCAAAUAUCUACAUAGAUAGUAAGGACCGCCCUUGUUUUUCUAACUACGCCCUUAACCUUUGUCAAAUUCAGGGAGCUCCAUGCGCCUAUAGACAGUGCCUUCUCUCUCAAGUUUCUGUUUAUUCGAUCUUUUCAUUCAUGAAAAGCAUUUACUUCUGUCGAAUUCUCAUCACUUGUCGAC